AUGUCGGCCGACGAUCUUGUCAACAUGAUGCAGUCCAUGGGCACUGACGACCCGUCCGCCCUGGUGCAACGCUUUUGUCAACUUGUGCCUGGCAUGAGCCAAGAGGCGGCUACCUUCUUUCUGGAAGCCAACAGCUGGAACCUGGAGGCGGCAGUGGUGUCUUUCUUUGAUCAGGGUGGCGCAAAUGCAGUCAAUGCUGCUAUGGGUCCACAGCCCUCAGCGGAGCUUGUGUGUGACGUAACUUUUGGUGAUGGCGAGGCUGUGCCUCCGGGCUUUGUAUUUGAGAAGACGUGGCGCCUGGUCAACAACGGCCCCAUCGCUUGGCCCCCGUCAACACAGCUCGAGCUGGUGCAAGGGCCACGCAUGCAUCAAGCGCCUGUGAUUCACGUCCCGGCCCUUGAUCCUGGCGCGACUUGUGACUUGACCGUGCCCAUGAAAUCACCACAAGAGGCAGGCGAGUACGCUGUGGCCUAUCGGCUGUGCUACAUUAAUGGCGGCGUACAGGACAAGCUCAAUUCCCGUCUCACCUUUGGCAUAUCGUCUCGGCAGUAUUUUGGAGAUCAAAUCUGGGUGGUCAUCACGGUCGCCGAGGGUGGCACGCUUCCACUGUUGCAAAAAAUGAAUGCCACCCACUUUGGGGCCGAGUCCUCUGCUCAAAGCGAGAGUGGAUCCAUGGCACCCGUCUUUACCUACCCUUCGCAAAGCGGCUCGAGUGGCUCCGCGGCCGCGGGGAUCGGAGCGAACAUGCACGCGCCCACCUUUCAGAUGGCCAGCCCACAAAACUGGAAUCUGUCACAACAUGUCUUUGGCAGUUCAGCACGUGCCUUUGAGCAGACAUACAACCAACAACAACCAGGAGCAGGCUCGGACGACAUGGACACGCUCUAG